UCGCUAACUUUUCUGUUCUCCUGGGUUCUGUGACUGCCGGAUCGAGAUGGGCUGUUUUAGUGGCGCCUCAAUUGAGCGGGCUUGCGAGUGUGGUGUUCCUGUCGCAGCCAGCUCCAGACGUUCACUACGGUGACGCCCUGCUCCCGGACGAUGGGGGGUUUUCCUGCGGCGUUCUAGUCAUGAGGGCGUAAUCAUGCGUGGAACGCACGUGCGACCGCGAUGUUGUGCGUGAGGCUGAUGCGAUCGUCAGCACAGGCGAAGCAUCACCCACCGAUACCGCGAGGGUUUCAGAUUCUCCUGUCCCCAGAUGCUGCGUGCUGCUGCUCCUCCCGAAGCACCAAAGCUUCGCGCCAAUGGGCGUGGUCCGUUGCCUGUGCUGUUGGAAAUUCCGACAUUUUCAAGCGCUCAAAUACCGCAGCCGUAUCUUACAGGGCUCGCGCCAAGAUUUGUAAAUGCAGUGUAUAAAUAUGGCAAUACGACUGGGCUCCUUCACUACAAAUAGUGCUCUAUCAGAUACCACA